AUAUAAUGGAAUUUGUGACAGCCCUAGUGUUCAUUUUCAUUGCUUGUGCUUGUGGUAUAGUUUGGGCUAUCUUCAAUUGGAUGGCAGUUCAUAAAGUGGAGAUUCAUCACAAACAUGAGGGAUUGACAGAAUUGUUAUAGGGUGCAGAAUAGGAGAAAAUAGAGACUCUGUUAGAGAUAGGAGAACACAUAUAAGAUGUAAGCUUUGACAAUAUUUAAAAAAGGGAGCUCAAGCCUUUUUAAGGGAGGAAUACACAGAUUGCAGUGUGUUUUUAGCGAUCAUGGCUGUUUUAUUGAUAGUAUGAGGAGUAUAUAUAUACGAUAGUUUAUUUCACCAUGGUCUUCAUUGGCAUUUGUAUUGGGAGCAGCAACUUCAAUGCUUUGUGGAUAUUUGGGAAUGGCCAUAGCGACAGCAGCUAAUUUUAGGACUGCAUUUUCAGCAAUCACAUCAUUAGCAAAUGCAUUUCAAGUAAGUGAAGUAUAUAAGCUAUUAAAGAUGGCAUAUCGAGGUGGUUGCGUAAUGGGAUUUUUAUUGGUGUCAAUAUCGCUUUCAAUUUUAACAUUAAUAAUAAUAAUCUAUAAUGCAAUAAUCGUGAAGAGUGAAGACAACAAUUUUGAGGAUUUGGUCACAAUGUUCGAUUACGUGGCAGCCUAUGGAUUGGGAGGAUCAACAUUUGCAUUAUUCGGCAGAGUGGGUGGUGGUAUUUACACUAAGGCAGCCGAUGUGGGAGCAGAUCUCGUAGGCAAAGUAGAGAAGAACUUGCCAGAAGACAGUCCAAAGGUAUAUUGAUUUCAUACAUUAUUUAAAGAAUCCAGCCACUAUAGCUGACAAUGUGGGUGAUAAUGUCGGUGAUAUUGCUGGUAUGGGAGCUGACUUAUUCGGUUCAUUUGCAGAAUCUACUUGUGCAGCCUUGGUUGUUUCAUCUACUUAAUUAAGGGUUGCAUAAGGGGAUAGUUAUGUCAUUCAAAUCAGUUAAUUGAUGUAUCCAUUGAUGGUUUCGGCAUUUGGUAUCGGAAUUUGCAUUUUGGUAUCAGCUUAUGCUGUUUAUAUUUCAAAAGUGAAUCACAUAAAUAAGAUUGAAUCCACUUUGAAAUUGCAAUUGUUGUUAUCAACCGUUGCAUUAUCUCCAAUUAUUAUAGGUAUUGCAUACUGGUGUUUACCUGCUGACUUCGUAAUGGUUGCUGCAGAUGGCUCUAUUUAAUUGUCAGAACUUAAACCUUGGCAUGCUUUCUUGUGCUCUCUUAUGGGAUUAUGGUCUGGAUUGCUGAUUGGGUAUUUCACUGAAUACAUGACAUCUCAUUCCUAUACACCCGUCAGAGAAGUUGCUAAGUCUUGUGGAACUGGAGCAGCAACCAACAUUAUCUAUGGGUUAGCCUUAGGAUACUUAUCAACCAUUGUUCCUAUUGUGGCUAUAGCUCUAACUGCCUUGUUGUCUAUGAAGAUGCUCUCAUUCUAUGGAGUUGCCUUGGCUGCUCUAGGAAUGCUUUCCAAUCUUACCAUAGGAUUGGCAAUUGAUGCAUAUGGACCCAUUUCUGACAAUGCAGGAGGUAUUGCGGAAAUGAGUGAAUUGGGUGAAAAUGUCAGAGAAUCUACUGAUGCCUUGGAUGCUGCAGGUAACACUACUGCAGCCAUUGGAAAAGGAUUCGCUAUUGGAUCAGCUGCCCUAGUCUCUUUAUCACUCUAUGGUGGAUAUUUAACAAGAAUAUAAACCUACAAAGUAGGAGAUCAAUUCCCAUAUGCUGAAGGUGCCAAAAUCGAUGAUCCCAUCAUCUUUGCGAUGUUAUUAGUUGGUGCCAUGUUGCCAUAUGCAUUCUCUGCCUUCACUAUGAAAUCAGUCGGAAAGGCUGCACUUCAAAUGGUUGAAGAAGUUCGUAGAUAAUUACAUGAACAUCCAGGUAUUUAUGCAGGCACAGAAGAACCAGAUUUCAGAGCCUGUAUUGCCAUUUCAACCAAGGCUUCAUUAAAAGAAAUGAUUCCUCCUGGACUUUUGGUACUUAUUUUCAGCUAUCUAAUUAUAGGUCAUUGUCACUCCAACUGCUGUUGGACUAUUCUUAGGACCUUAUGCUGUCGCUGGUCUAUUGCCAGGAGCUUUAGUCAGCGGUGUUUAGAUGGCCAUUUCAGCAUCGAACACUGGAGGAGCAUGGGAUAAUGCCAAAAAAUAUAUUGAAGCUGGAUUCUAUAGAAAUGAAGCUGGAGAAGUCAAAAAGAAGGGAUCUGAUGAACACAAAGCUGCUGUCAUUGGUAUUAAUUUGAAUUUAGUCUUUUUAGGUGAUACUGUUGGCGAUCCUCUUAAGGAUACUUCAGGACCAUCAUUAAAUAUUCUGAUUAAAUUGAUGGCUAUUUUAUCUUUGGUCUUGGCUGGUGCUUUUUGUAGAACUGGGUGGUUAUAUAAACCUCAAUGAGUUUUAU